AUGACGUCGUUGUCGCUUUUAGCCACUUACGACGAGAUGGUAAGAUGUACGAAUGUCCUGAUCAAUGGAUCCUGCGAAAAAGAAUUCUUGCAAUUUGCAUUAAAUCAAGAGGAGAUGAGACAGAAAUGGCAGGCAUCCGUGCAGGAAUGUCAACGACUUCACUCAGCUUUAGACAAGGCUCAUAAUGAGAUUGCAGGGCUUGAUAGGAAACUACGCCAUGCGAGAAGAAACUUGGAAGAAGAGAAGCGCAAGCGUCGUACUAUCGAAGAGCAGAGAGAUUCAUUGGAGAAACAAAUUGCCACAGUUAGAGAUUUCUUGUUCAAUGAUGGAGGGAGAACUCUGAAUGAUGAAACUAGAGAGAAAUUGCAAUUUCUUAAUAAUACUUCUUUGAAUCGUCAAAGUAGCGUUCAUAUUCAUGACAUUCCUUUUGACAAACUUAACACAAUAGCAGAAUUAAAUUCUACUGGCUCAUUACUGAGUGAUCUCAAUUGUCUGUCGAAAUCAGAAGAUGAUUUAGAGGUCAGCGCUAUCUUGGAAAGUCAAAAAAGACGAGAAUGGAAAGAGCAUCGUCCUAGUACUGAAUAUGCGAAGAAACAUCGCCGUAGCACACAUAAAACUACAGAAUUAAACUCUUCUGAUAGAAUAGUAGCAACUACUACUGUAGUUAUGCCGAAGGAUGGUGCAAUCCAUGCAUCAUCUACAAUCGAAGCUAUACCUGGUGAUGAAAAUGCAGAUCCUCAAAUUCCUCUGCAUAAUUCUCGCAAACGACGCAAGAGCAGUACAGAACACAAAUCAAAAUUGUCGCACAUAGAUACAAAUGAAGUACCAAUCGACAUCGCGCCAUCAGCACCAAAAGCUGACAUUCUUUCAUCAACUCCCGAAUCAGAGGAUGUUUUCAAACCAAGUCCAAACAUCGGUGGUUAUACCAUGAAUACAAAAGAGUCUAGGGGUCACAGUUUUGCAGCUAAAACUGUUAUUAGGGCAGAAAUAUGCAUAGCUUGCAACAAAAGAAUCCGAUUUGGAAAGGUCGCGCAAAAGUGCAGAGAUUGUAGAGCUACAGCUCAUACUGAAUGUAAAGAUUUGGUACCAUUGCCAUGUAUCCCAACAGGAAAUACACCUACUUUACGUGGUAUACCUGGUACGAUAGCUGAUUACACACCUAUGAUACCACCUAUGGUACCUUCCAUAGUAGUUCACUGCAUUAACGAAGUUGAAUUACGCGGAAUGAAUGAGCAAGGAUUAUAUAGAGUGAACGGAGCAGCUGCAGACGCCAAAAAUCUCAAAGAAAAAUUCUUGAAAGGCAAAGGUGCCCCAAAUCUUUCAGGCGUCGAUAUUGCGACUAUCUGUUCUACUUUGAAAGAUUUUCUCAGAACAUUACGUGAACCGUUAAUCACUGUCGGUCUGUUGGGAGAUUUCAUACGUGCAACACAAUUGACGGACAAACAGGAUGCUGACGCCGCUCUUUAUCAAGCGAUAUCAGAAUUGCCACAACCGAAUCGAGAUACUUUGGCCUUUUUGAUGUUACAUUUACAGAGAGUAUCAAGUAGCGCUGAAUGUAAAAUGCCCAUCAGUAAUCUUGCCAAGGUUUUUGGACCAACUUUAGUCGGUUAUAGUUCUCAGGAACCAUCUCUUACUAUGUUGAAUGAAACUAAGCAUCAAGUUGCGAUAGUAGAAGGUUUACUUCAAAUUUCAUCAGAUUAUUGGGCAACUUACGUGAAUCGUACAAAUUCGAACGAUAUUUGCACUCCAAAAACAGAAGAGUUAAAGCAUACACCAUCCACAGAAUCACUUCUGAAGCGUAGUAUCUCUCGCGGUUUCUUCAAUACUCCGCUUGCUUCGAGCCGCACUUUUACAAGAAGAAAUAAAAAAUUUUUUGCUACACCUCCCUCCAGAUCAGGAUAUUAAAUAAGCAUAAGCAUAAGUUUAAACUUAUUAUGAUAAUUUGUAAUUUGUUGUAACAAUUUAUAAUCGCGUACAAAAAUUUUUGGUCUAAUA